CUGGUGAUAAUUGACGUCACAUGCCAACACUAACGCCGAGACCCUAGAUCGACAUCUAACAUCAAACCAACGACAUCUUAGGUCAGCCCAAAGAGUGAUAUCAAGUUUGGGCUGCUCAUAGCUAAAUUUCAUCUAUUCUACUGACACCGUUACAACAUGUUUCGAAAGCUCUCCUACGCUGCUUGUGCUUUUGCGGUUGGAUUAAAAAAUAAAGUGGACCUUCCGGAUUCCCCGCUUCUGUCUGACAACUCUGUUAGUAAACUCAAUCUUCAGCGAUGUCUGAUGCCCCGUGUCAGCGCUGGAACCGGCGACUGUCAACUUUACGUUGGCGAUAGGAUCAAGAGAGCUGUUGGCUUUCCUCAGCUGACAGCAUGCUGUAAGCCCCUGAGAUAUAAAGAUUUUAUCAUUUCUUACGACACCAAAAACCGUAUUCCAAAUUGGGUGUACGAACACCUCCAGUAUCACAAAUUCUACAAGGACGACCCCUGCGACCGAAGAGUCAACGUCUGCCCUUACAACGAGGACAAUCAGACUGGUCAAGAAAAACCAAAGUUCCACCCUGACUGUCGUAUCCAUGGCUACCACCGUGCAGAUGUCAGAGAUUACUGCGAUACAGAAUACGAACUUGGACUUAUGGCUGACCCUGCUAACUAUCCAUUCGAUUCUGAGGCCUGUGCAGAGACUCAAGUCAUGACCAAUGUUGUACCGAUUGUGCCAGGCUUCAGUUGCGGUCCUUGGUUUGACCUUCAGUGUUACAUCCGGGAAAAAUUAGUCCGUGAGAACAAGAGUGUCUAUGUGUGCUCUGGACCUUUGUUUCUACCCAGUGAGAACGACGGCAAAGUCCAGAUGAGGUUUGAUGUCCUUGGUGAGGGAGAAGUCUCGGUGCCAUCUCAUUUCUUUAAGGUUAUCAUUAUUGAAACUCACGAUGGCAAUCUGGAGCUGGAGUCUUAUAUGAUGCCCAACUGUAAACCGGAAGAAGGUGAAGAAGUGAAGUUGGACGACUACCUGACUCCACUGUGUCAAAUUGAGCAUGCCUCAGGGUUGAUCUUCUUCCCUGAGAAGAAAGUCUGUUUCACCAGCAACAACAAGAGGAGAGGUGCCAGACUCCACGCUCUAUAAACAGAGACACCAGUUGUUACAGAAUCUCUCUAAUGGUUUCAUCUUACACAAUUCUAGCUUUCUGAACUUUGACAUCACUAAUGUAUUCUAUUCUGUAAGAUCAAAUGCCAACCAGUGUCCACUACAAACUUCUAAGUACUAGCCAUUGUCUGAAAGAAAAUGUCUUGAACCUAUUGAACCUUACCUCUAAAACAUCAAAUGGUAAAUGUAUUAGACAAAUAAAGAAUAGUAUUACCUCAUGCAGAACAUUAA